AUGAAUAAUCAUUCAUUUUUCAAAACAAGAAAUAUAAAAUGGUUGAUAAUUAGUAUUAUAACAUAUGCUGCAUUAAAAUAUUAUUAUAGAUUUGUAUUAUUUCAAUCAGUGGCAUUAAUCUUAAUUUUAAUUUUUAUUUCAUAUUCAUUAUUGAUUUUAAAAACACCAAAACCAAAUCAACCCGCCCCAAGGAUCAAAAGAUUUAAAUUCACAUAUCAAAAGGAAUGGAAAGAAGAAUUGUCAAAAUUUGAAUUUCAAAAACAAAUUCCUGCAUUUUCCUCAAGCUCAUUCAGAUUAUCUGAAUUAAUCAAUGAUUUUAUCAAUUUAAUCAUUCAAAAUUUUAUAUCACCAUGGUAUUACAAAAUCACAACUUCACCAUCAGUGACUAAUGAUAUCGAAAAUGAAUUACAUCAUGUUAUUGGGGGCGUAAAAGAUAGGAGUUCGAGAAUUGAUUUUGCAAGAUUGAUAAUUUCAAAAUUUUUACCCAUUAUUGAAAACAACUUUAUCACAUUCGUUGAGAAUGAAAAACAUGUCGAUCAGAUUGAGUUACAUAAUGGUGUGAACCAUGAUAAAGAAUAUUUAAGAGGUUUGGUAUCUAAAAUAUUACCAUUUCUUAUGUCGGAAAAUGAAAAGAGUCCAAUUGUGAAUUCAUUAUUGAUUGAAAUUUUAUCAUGUACUUUACUUGCCAAUAUAUUUAAUGCAGUUACUGAAUUUGAUUUUUUUAAUUUAAUGAUUUGUAAAGUCAUUAAUUCGAAUUUGAAAAGUAGAAAUCAGGUAAAAUUGUUGAGACAAACCUUGAUUGAAUAUACAGAAAAGGAAAAGGAGAAAGAUAAAAAGAAGAAAGAGAUAAUAGGUGCUGAAGAUAUAAAACUAGAUGACAUUUUGUUCAAUAAAUUUAACCUAUCAUUAUUUAAAGAAUUUUUAACUACCAAUAACAGAUCAGAAUUAGUUGACUUUUAUUUGGAUAUAGAGAAUUUAAAAAACCCAUUGGAAUUAAAUGAUGAAGAUAAUUUAAAUCUAAAAUAUAUAAAUGAAUCAGAUAUACAAAUGAUAAUCAACAAAUAUAAAAAUUCAAAAAAUCUACUACUUAACGAUGAUGAGUAUUUGAAUCGUGAAAAGUUAUUCAUAAAGCAAAAAGAUGUUUAUAAAGAAUUAGAAAAUUAUGACUUGAUAUUAUUUAGAGAAUCAAGUUUGUUCAAUAAAAUUGAAACUAAAGGAAAGGGAAAUGAUAAUGCAGAUGUCAUAGAUGCUGUUGAAACUGUAUUCACCCAAAUCAUGAGUAAUAAAAUGAAUGAAAAAGAACAGGUUCCAAAUAUAAGGCCAGAAUUGAUGGAAAGAAUAAAUAGAAAUUCAAAAUUAUUUGAAUUUGAUGAAUCGGAAGAAGAAAAUGAAAACGAAGAAGAGGGAUUCUAUGAUGAAGAAUUAGAAGAGUCAGAUUCAAAUUCAAAUUCUAAUGCAAAUUCAGUAAUUCUUGAUUCUAAUGAGGCAGAGUCAAAUUCAAAUUCAAAUUCAAAUUCAAUUCAAUUAGCAGCACCUGGGAAUUUAAACCUAACUGAAGAAAUACCCAAAUUUACACUUGAACUUGAGCAUUUGAAUCAACAAUUGUCAAUUUUACAACCACUUAUCAAAAAAGCUGAAUUAACAAAUAAUAAAUCACAAUUGAAAAUUCUCAAAAAGCUGAAGAUGGACUUAUUAAAAGAAAUAAAUAACAAAGAAUUACAAAAACAACAAUAUAUAGUUCAAGAGUCAAAUAAUUCCCUAUUUGGUAAAUCUAAAGUUUGUAUCCAAUCAUAUAUAAAUAAUCAUGAAAAAGGAAAUAAUUUCAUUGUUUAUAUAAUUGAAGUUCAAAAAUUUUCAAACGAAGAUCCAAAUUUAAUCAAAGCUGGAUGGGUAGUAGCUCGACGAUUCAAUCAAUUUUAUAAAUUAGAUAAAUAUUUAAGGAAAAGAUACCCUAAAGAAUUAACAAAUAUAAAAUUUCCAAAAAAGCAAUUACAAUUAUCAGUUUUAAAAUUUUUACAACAGAAUCAAAUUGUAGAAAUGAGAAAAGUUCAAUUAGAACAAUAUUUAAAAGACCUAAUAUCAAUUAAACAAAUUUGUUUUGAUAAAUCAUUUAGAUCAUUUUUAUCAAGUGAGAAUUUCACAUUGAAAAAUGAAGAAAAAGUGAAACCAUUAAAAGAAGAAGAAUCCAAGAAAUAUCUUGAAGUAUUUAAUAAUAAAUGGUUCAAAAAUGACAUAAAUUUAGAUUCAGAAUUAGUUGCUGAGAAUCUAAAAGAUAUGGAGAUUGAAUUAAAUCAAUUUGAAUCAACACCAACAACUACAACAACAACAACAACAACAACAACAACAAAAUCUCAACCUUUUGUUAAACCAAUCUGUGACUUAUUAAUAGCUGUAUUUAAAUUGAAUAAUUCAAAUAAUUGGUUAAGAGGUAGAGCAUUAGUAGUCAUACUUCAACAAAUUUUAGGUACUACUAUAGAAAAGAAAGUUUAUGAUUUAAUUCAAAAUAAUUUAAAAAAUAAUGAGAUUUUAUUUGACAUUAUAAAUAACUUGAAAAAUUUGGUAUUUCCAAAUGGUAAAUUUAGAGAUCCACCACAGAUUAGAUCACAAUUUGAGAUGGGGAAAACUAAAGAAGAGGCAAAAAUUUUAUUAAAUUUAUUUAUGAUUGAAAUAUGUCUGAAAAUUUUUGGAUAUAAUAAUACAAUUUAUGGAACUAAUAAUUUCUUCAAGAUGAUUCAAAUUAAUAAGUUGAAUAAGAAUUUACUAUUUCAAUUAUUUGAUGAAUUGAUAAAGGAGAUUUUCCCGGAAAUAGAAAAUGAAAAGUAG